AUGCCCCUCAACACUGGCAUCUCAGUUGAAGUGACGACUGAGCGUGUCUUUCUAACUGCUAUCCCACAAUCCUCGACUGAUGCCAAGCUCUGGUUGUCUCCUUUCGAAAGGGUGAAGAACAAACUGUGGUAUUUUGAGUUCGCUACCUCAGAAACCGUCUCGGCCACUUGCAAGAACCUACAGGACGUGUUGGAGAUCGAAUGCUGUGGGGCCCUCUUGGACUUGAGCACCCUGUCCCUGGAGGGAAUCGCCAUCCUCAACAUUCCCAGCAUGCACGGCGGCUCCAACCUGUGGGGCGAAAACAAGAAAGAAAACAAGGCCUUGCCGAACAAAACGUACGCAGCGAUAACCGACUCCGAGGCCCUCAAGUCGUGCAUGCAAGAGUUGAGUGAUAAGCUGCUGGAAGUGGUCGGCCUGGAAGGAGCGAUUGAAAUGGGGCAGAUUUACGCAGGCCUGAAGAGUGCUGGGAAACGAUUGGCUCAAUGUUCUGACGUCAUCAUCAGGACAAAGCAGCUGCUGCCAAUGCAGAUUGAUGGAGAGCCAUGGCUCCAGCCACCGUGUACAAUUAAGAUAUCCCACAAAAACCAGUCGCCGAUGCUGAUGGGUCCAUCCACCAAAUCAGCAGGUACCAAGAAAUGAGGUGAACCUGACCAGCCUUGCAGUGCCUGGCUCCCUGGGGCAAUCCAAGCUCCUCAUUGGGUUGGAUCCUUCCGUUUCCGAGAUCCUUUCACUCCAUUCUCCUCAAAGACACGAGACUCUCCAGUUUCUCUCAGUCGGACUGUCUGUUUAAGCCAGACCCCUUUUGACACACAGAUUUCUUCAGGUCUACAUCAGAUCACUUCCAUCUGCCUGAUUUCACUCUCUGCCCUGACCAGACACUGGUGUUGCACACACUCACUCACUCACACAGACACAUACACACGUGCGCACACACACGUGCUCACACAGACACACACGUGCACA